CAGUAUAUAUAGACUAUUCUGGUUCAUAUAGGAGAUGACGUCGAUCGUGCCCUUCCAGAUUGAGGAUCUCUUUGAUAUCAAUCCUGUGAAUCUUGACCCACUCACUGAAAACUUCAACGUCUCAUUCUAUCUCCAGUAUCUCACUGAAUGGCCGUCACUAUUUUUCAAAUCUACCGAGAAGUACCUGGACUUCGGCCAGGACUAUGAGAUUAGUGGCUACAUGAUGGGCAAGACCGAGGGCAAGUUGCUGAAGAUGGAAUGGCAUACACAUAUCACUGCUGUCACAGUUCAGGACCAGUAUAGACGAUUAGGGUUGGCAUCAGACUUGUGCGUGCAACUAGAAAAAAUGACUAGUGUAGAGCCAUACGAAACGCUCUUUGUAGAUUUGUUUGUCAAGGUGACAAACACUUUGGCAAGACAGAUGUACGAGAAGUUGGGCUACAGUGUAUAUCGACGGGUGGUAGGCUACUAUGGUGGAGAAAUGCCUACGGAUCGGAACAAGGUCAGUGAUGAGAUAGAUGCCUUUGACAUGAGAAAACUGUUGCCGCGAGAUGUUGAGAACCAGACAAUACGUGAGAAUGGGGACAAGGUGUAUGUAUUGCCCCAAGAGGUGACAUUUUAGACAAAGAAUACGAUGCGACGAUUAC